UGUGCACACUCUGCAGCAUGUAGUGGCAUUGAUAACCAAAAUUCCCAGUUAGUGAGACAAGUUGCAGCAGUAUACAGGCCCGCUGAGAAGGAGAACCAAGUGCAACAAGAUCGAAAGCACCACAAAUCUAUCAAAGGAGGGAGGAGCUGUGUCUCAAGUUCUAUGCUUUCAGCUGUUUCAACGGUCAUAUGCAUUCAUUCAGGUUCCUGAAUGAGGAUG